CGGACGCGUUGCCGGGCAGCGGCCGCGGUGGGGCGCCGUCACCCCCCUCCCCCCCGCCAUGCUGAGGGCGAAGGUGCUGCUGGUGGGGCCGCGCGAGUCUGGGAAGUCGGUGCUGGCGAACUUCGUGUCGGAGAGCACGGAAGGGAUCGGGAGCUACAGCCCGACGCAGGGGGUGAGGAUCCUGGAGUAUGAGAAGCCAAACCUGAAUGGGAACAGCAAGGGAGCUGGGUGUCGAUUCGAGCUGUGGGAUUGCAGUGGUGACCAAAAGUUUGAAACGUGCUGGCCAGCUCUGAUGAAGGACUCUCAUGGGGUAAUAAUAAUCUUCAACCCUGAGCUGCCCAGUCACCUGAAAGAAAUUGAGAUGUGGUACUCCUGCUUCGUGCAGCAGCAGCCACUGCUCGACAGUCAGUGUCUCCUGGUGGCACAUCACAAGCCAGGCAGUGCAGAGGACACAGAAAACCUGUCCCUGGCUUACCCACUGAACAAACUAAAACUAAUACAUUCCAACUUGGAGGAAGAUCCUGAAGAUGUUCGGAUGGAAUUCAUGAAAUACUUCAGAAGCAUUAUCACCGUAAUGAAUGAGAGCAGAGAGAGGGAAGAAAUGUCAAUUAUCUCAUAACAUUAAAAAAAAGUACUGAACAGGGAAGAAAAAAAUUAUAGUUUCCCCCUUGUAAGCCUGUGAAUGGGUCCUCACAAGGAGAAUUUGCCAGCCUAUAAACACUUCAGCCUGGAAAGAAGUGCUGACAUCAGGUGAGCUGUGGUGCCAAGGAGAGGGCUGCACAUCCAGCAACCUGGGUAACUUUACAGCUGCACUUUGGCAUCAGAAGUACAGGAAGGGAUUUUUUAAUAUGUUAGUGUGGACCAAAAGAGAAAGGUUUGGGUCGUCCCUCACAGAAGCCCUUUGUGCAGAGGGGUCAGAGGAUGAGGCCUGACAGAACAGAAGAUUUGUGGAGUUGUGCUGAAGCAUCUGAGUAAAGGGCUCAUGUUAGCUGGGUUCCUGGGCAAGUUAUGCCCUUGGAAGUCAGAACACACUGACUGGAAUAGAGAUCUGAGAGUAGUCGUGGUGUGGAAUCCACGUUUUUUUAUGUUCUUCCUGCACAGGCGUUGCCUUGGCCUGACAGAGCUGGUUGCAGUCCUUCUCAGGACUAGGUUUUUCUUCUAUUCCAACAAAAUACACAUGUUGUGAGGACAAUGUUUAGGUCCCUCUGGGAGGAAAAGAAUUGAAAUCUCAGUGUAGUGCAAUAUUUUGACCUAUGUCAGGAGCUCCAGCAGAGAAAAAAAUAGUUCUGCUUUCUCAAAGGAGGAAAAGCUGUUUCGAAACUUUUAUUACUGUUCCCUGUUGCAUUAAAAUAAGUGGUUUCAUAGAUAAUUUACUUUGACUUGUUUGGUUUGCACUCAUCCCUGUUAUUAGUGUGUUUUGCUGUGGAAGACAUUUUUUGUAACACUCAUUACUAAGGCAAUAAAAACAUUUUUAAAAUGUUCUGUUCGCAAAGGGAAAGUUAAUUAUAGUUUUGUGAAACUCUUAACAACUUGCUUAAUUUUUAGUAAGGAAAACAAGAGAUAAACAUUUCACCCUACUUAGGUCUAACAAGAGACAUUUACAAAAACUUGUCACCAACCCAAACAGCCAAAGAAUUGACACCAACACUUGAGUAAACAGCCUUUACACAAAGUAUGUUAUAAACCAGGAAACAACAGGAUUGAGAGCUUCUUGGGUUUUCUUCCACGUUAAUUAAUCUAUUUUUAUUAUUUUCAUAGUUCUUUUCUGAGUGAUGAGUGGCCUGUCCUUAUGCAAUGGCAUGGGAGGUGAAAAAUUAAAAGAUCUUAGAACAGCUCCAGGUCAUCAAACUCAUGGCUACAAAUAACACUCUGAACCAUACUGAGCUGGCCUCGAGUUUAGAACUUCCCUAAACUGCUCCCCUGGUUUGCUCAGGUGGGCCCUGGCUGUGUGAAGUUGUGUGCACACACAAAUAACCUGCACUCUUCUGCUUUUUGGGGGCUUGAUGUCCUCACCAAAUCUGCCCCAGCUCCUUUCCAUUGCCUGCUGGCUCCUGCUCUGCCAUUAAAGCUGAAACCUCCCCUUGGUUCUGGGAGGCAAAGAGGGAGGUGGUACUGAAGGAAAACAUCAGGGAGAGGAAGGACACCAGGAAAGAAAAAAAGCAAAAUAAGCAGUGAAGAGAUGAAAAGGUUGGAGGCGAAUAGUGGGAGGUUGGCAUUUCAACAUCCACGUUUUAUUUAUGUGACUUUGGAACCAUCAGGCUUUAUGUGCUUGCAAUCAGUGUCAUAGGGUGGUCUGUUGGAGGCAGUUAUUGGAAAAUUCACAAUCUAACUAAAGAACAGUUUUUUACAUGCUGCCUUAGAUUACUUUUUCCUCGUUGCCAGCUGUGUGGUGCUGGAGCCAAUUUUUAAAAUAUAUUGCCUUAAUAAAUUCAGUUUUUCCCAACA